UAGAAUGUUGAGAGUUUCAGAGUUCGGAGCUGAACUUUUGCGCUGCGCACGUGGGGGCUGAGCGAGGCAGCGAUGGUCUCCGCUCGAGCGUGCGUGAACAAGCUGGGCUCCGCGCUGCCCUUGCUGUUGGUGCUUUGGGAUCUCCACUACGAGGGAGCAGAAUGUGGAAUAAACGCAGAAGUAGAAAAGCAGCUUGAAAUGGGAAAGAAGCUGUUGGCCGCGGGGCAGCUGGCAGAUGCCUUGUCUCACUUCCAUGCUGCUAUAGAAGGGGACUCUGAUAACUACUUUGCCUAUUACAGAAGAGCCACAGUAUAUUUAGCCAUGGGCAAAUCUAAAGCUGCCAUUCGUGACUUAAGCAAGGUGGUGGAAUUAAAGCAGGAUUUCACAUCGGCAAGGCUACAAAGAGGGCAACUGCUUCUUAAGCAGGGGAAGUUUGAUGAAGCAGGAGAGGACUUUAGAAAAGUGCUGCUGUCUAAUCCUAAUGAUAAGGAGGAAACAGACGCUCGCUCCCAGCUGCUGAAGUCUGAUGAGAUGCAACGCCUGAGCUCCCAUGCACAGUCUGCGUAUCGCCAAGGGGAUUACUAUACUGCUAUCGGUUUCUUGGAUGAAAUUCUUGAUGUUUCUGUUUGGGCUGCAGAACUGCGUGAGCUUCGAGCGGAAUGCUACAUCAUGCAAGGAGAACCCGGGAAGGCCAUCAGUGAUUUAAAAGCUGCUUCCAAACUGAAGAGUGAUAAUACUGAAGCAUUCUAUAAACUCAGCACUAUAUACUACCAGCUAGGGGACCAUGAACUGUCUCUAAGUGAGGUUCGUGAAUGCUUGAAGCUCGACCAAGACCACAAGGAGUGCUUUUCUCAUUACAAGCAAGUAAAGAAAGUGAACAAACAGAUUACAUCAGCAGAAGAACUCAUCCAGGAAGGCAGGUACCAGGAUGCCAUUGAUAAAUACAAGACAGUGAUGAAAACAGAGCCCGAAGUUCCUGUUUAUACCACACGUGCCAACGAGAGAAUCUGCCACUGCCUCUCCAAGGACCAGCAGUCAGUGGAAGCCAUUAAGCUUUGCAGUGAAGUUUUGCAGCUGGAACGAGACAAUGUGAACGCCCUCAAAGACAGAGCUGAAGCGUACUUGCUAGAAGAACAGUACGAGGAAGCCAUUCAGGACUACGAAGCGGCGAAAGAGUACAGUGACAACGAUCAAGAGAUCCUGGAAGGCCUAGAGAGAGCACAGAGGAUGCUGAAGCAGUCUCAGAAGAGAGAUUACUACAAAAUUCUAGGAGUGAAAAGGAAUGCUAGAAAACAAGAAAUUGUAAAAGCAUAUAGAAAGCUAGCGAUGCAGUGGCACCCCGAUAACUUCCAGGACGAAGAAGAGAAGAAGAAAGCAGAGAAAAAGUUUAUUGAUAUAGCAGCUGCCAAAGAAGUCCUCACUGAUCCAGAAAUGCGACGGAAGUUCGAUGCGGGAGAAGACCCGCUGGAUGCCGAAAGCCAGCAAGGCGGAGGAAACCCUUUUCACAGAGGAUGGAAUUCUUGGCAGGGAUUUGACCCCUUUAGUUCCGGAGGACCUUUUAAAUUUAAAUUCCACUUCAAUUAGAAAACUUCCCAUCCUCCCUGUUUUUGCUUCUAGGAGUUUGACUUUAUUUUUAUUUCUGACUUACUUCAAAUAGUGAAGUGUUUGAACAAGGACUUUAAUGAAAACCAGAACUUCGGUGAUAGAAGGGUGAACAGCACAUAAUAUGACACACCAACAGUCCUUUUAGUACGAAAUCAUUUUAUAUUUCUUGAUGUCAAAUUCUGACCUCCACUAAAGAUGUGGAAGAAUAGUUAAGGCUGCAGUACUUGAGCCCCUUUUUACCUAGUGGCUCAAAGCCUUCAGCCCCAAAGAAAUCCAUGUCAACGAAACAUUUUAAUUCAAGAAAGCACUUUAAACUUUUUGCAUACUUUUUAGUGACUUUGGUGAGACUUGUAGAAAUGAUGAGAAAGUAUAAUAUUUUUCGGUAUCUGUAAGAUAAAUGGCAAGAUUUUGAUGGGCUGCUCUUUGGAUGCUGGAAAACCCUCCAUGUUGCUCCUGGGAAUUGUUGCCUUGUCUAAAACUCUUUGAAAAUGCAUGUUGAGGUCUGAAGCAGGCAAUAAGAAGAAAUACACAUAAAGAAAUUCCAGAAAGGGCUGGAGCCUACUUAGACUUCCCCUGGAAGUAGUCUGUGCUACAUUUUAGGGAAUGCUUCAACAAGACUGCAUUCAGACACUUACUGUUUAAGAAAAUGUGUACAAACACAAGUUGUUUCCAGGCUUGUGUGUGUGUGUGCGCCUUGCUCCUCACCCAUUUGCCUUUCUUGUAACUAAAUCCAGUUGUCCGCGAUGUACAUAUGGAGGUAUGCACAUUAACUAGAGUUAGUUGUCUUCUUGCUUGCCAGGGUCCUGAACCAAGAUUUAAUCGAGGAUUAGAAUCCAGGAGGGGGAGGUAACUCCAGUUAAUCUGCAUGUCUGCAUUAGUAAGAUACAAGUAAAGGUUUUAAGCACAAUUCUCUGUGUUGGAAGCUGGGGGCAGGGUGGGGGAGUGAGGCUCGUACGCCAGGUCAGCUACAAGUGGGUUUCAUGCACAUUUGUACCGUAGCACUAUUAAGUGAGCAGCUGAGCACUGCUCAGGUCAUUCCAAUGCCAAAAAUAUCCAUUAAAAGUUUCUCUAAGGCUACAAGCCUAAGAGCACUUUCCUGGGAGUAAGCCCCUCUGAAAAAAUGGUAAUUACUGAGUAGAUCUACUGAGGAUUGCUUUCCAAGACGGGGUUGUAGCUGGGACUGCCUUGUGGAUAGUGUUCUGAUUUCCUUUAAAAAACGGGGGGUGGUUUUUUUCUGAUUAAAAAAUAUCCUACCCCUUUUUGUCUUGAAUGCUUUUUGCAGAAGGAUGUUCAAUAGAACAAUAUUCUUAAUUUUUUGUUGAAUAGAAUAUUCUGAACUUUUAACUCAGUAUAUUGCUUGGCAUUUGAGCAAGCUAUUGAAUAAACACUGUGCCAAAUCUGCAGAAUUUGAGUUCAGCCCUUGAGAAUAUUUCUUAAAAGAAAGGGAUGAGAGGUGUUUAGGGCGACUUGUAAGGUGGCAGUGUUGUGGUUUGUGGUUGUAAGAUAUUCUAUAUUUUCAUCUAUUUGGGAUCAAGUUAAAGGGCAGUUAUUAGUACUCAACAGACAACACUAACCAACAUGCGUCAUUUGGAAGCAUUUUGGAUUGGUACCUUUUGUGAAGAUACAAGAUUCUUGCUGUAUUAACCAGGAAGCUUGUAAAUCAGGAUGCACCAAGCCUUGAGUCCUGGGCCAGUUUAAGGAACUGGGACGCUAUUCAGAUAUCCUUACGUUGGGUAUUAUCUUGACACUUGUGAAGAGCAUUCCAAGCACAGCAUCUCAUUGUACAAUUUUGAAUCUUGGAAAAUAUUUUAAAAUCCAGCCUCUCUUGAGAAGGCAAUGUUAAGAGAUGCUAGAAAAUGAUUUUGGUGUAUUUCAACCUUAGACCAACUUACUUAAUUUUUUUUUUAACUCCGGCGCUCCAGUCAAAAGCUCAGGAACAACUCCAGAAUAAUUAUUAACAGCAUCCAAUGCUUCACACAGCCCUGUUCAGGUCCUGUGGGAGGAUACAAUUCCAUGCAUAAUUUCCCUUGCUAGAUUGGGAGCUAUACCAAGAACAGGCAGAUUUGCAGCCAAGAGAGAAUCUCAAAUCAAGCAAGUGAAUAGACUUGAAUAUAAUUGACUGACUGUGUCCAGAGAUCAUGCCCAGCCUGUUGAGAAGAGAGGUGGUUGAGGAGCUCUGCCGUGUAAAUGCCUUCCUCCAAAGAAGUGCUUUCAGAAGUAUUUGGGCUACAUCUGAGUAACAUCACAUCUAAGCUUGCAGCAAGAAUGCUACUUAGUGAUAAGUGGGAAAUCCCCAAAGAUGACCACUGUCAGAAGAAUGCUUACAUUUAUUUUUAUCUUCAUGGGAAUUAUUCAGACUAUCAUGUCAUGAGUAUGGAUGUUACCUAGCAACAGUGCCCUCAAUACAUGUAGUCUGAAAAGUAUUUAUAAUACUUACUCCUUUUAUUCUUUUUAGGCCCAUCAUCAAAAUGGAGCAGACGGGGUAGAGAAAGAGCCUUGCUUUCUGUUGCCAUCCGAAAUGAGUUACAAAGGAAUAAGGUCCACUGAGCAGAAUGGGUCUUACUCUGAAUAAACAUGCUCAGGUUCUCCAUUUUGGGCCUGACAAAGAUGAUCAUUGGCCUGGUUUGCAUGGAGGUGGCUGCCCUGGUUUUUCUUGCCUGGGGCGCCAUUAGCAACUGCACAUUAGAUUUAUUGAGAAUAAUUCAAUGUGGAUUUUGUAGUCACUUGAGAAAAAACCAGCUAAUGUCAACACAAGCCAUUUGCAGUAGACUUACACUGUGCAAAUGUUUAUAAAGAUCCAGUUUUUAAAAGCAUAGGGAACUACCAUGAAGCGAAGAAGUUCUUUUGAAGAUAAGUUUGAAAACAUGCUAAAUACCAUACUGGCAGCAACAAAGUUUAGAUUAGGGCCGUUUCCACACACAUUGAAUAAUGCACUUUCAAUGCACUUUAGCAAUCCUUUGGAAGUGGAUUUUUUGUUCCACACAUGGAAAAGCAGUUCCAAAUGUUCACUAAAGAGUAUUGAAAGUGGAUUAUCCAACGUGUGUGGAAGCAGCCUAGAACUGUUUCCUAAUUUUAUCAACCAGUUUCGAGCUUCUUUUAAAACCAGCAAGCUUCUUUUUGUGUGAAAGCAAAUUAAUAUGAACAAGAGUGCUGUAGUUUUAAAAGCUGGUUAUAUGCCACAGAGAGUUCUCCGCUAUACCAGCGUUUCUUUGUGCUUGUGUUUCAUCGGAUGAAGGUGGUGGGGGUGUGGAGGGCGUAUGGUGGAAAAUGCAUUUAUUUCUCAUUUUGAAAACUUAAGAAAGCAAUUUACAGAGCAAUUCAGUGAUUGUUUUCCAGGUUGCUGUAGGAAGACAUUGGUAUUUAUUAUUAAAUGCCUUAAAUGUGAA